AUGUGGCGCGACCGCACCAACCUCUUCAUCUCCUACCGCCAGUCGUACUCGCACCACCCUGCCAAGCGGAAGCCACUCUAUGGCGGCCCCUCGAAUGGCUUCGCCGACAAUGCCGCCCUUAACGACGAGCGCCGCGGGCUCAUGUCCGCCUACGACGAUCCGAACGACGGCGAUGCCGUCAUCGAGAUGGACGUGCUGCCGCCGCGCUGGCUGGACAUUCAGGACGAGGUCACGGAAAAGCUGCAGGACAUAUCCGGGCAGACGAAGCGCCUCGAUCAGCUACACCAGAAGCACGUACUGCCGGGAUUCGACGAUGACGACGUCAAGAAGCGCGAGGAGCGCGAGAUAGAGCGCCUUACGCAAGAGAUAACCCGGGGCUACCAGAGCUGCCAGAAUGCGAUCAAGCGUGUCGAUGCCAUGCUGCGCGAGAGCGCUCAGCGCGAGGGCGGCACUAGCAAGGGCGAGGAGGUUAUGGCACGGAACCUCAAAGUCUCCUUGGCCUCGCGUGUCGGCGACUCCAGCGCAGCUUUCCGCAAAAAGCAGUCGGCCUACUUGAGGAAACUUCGCACCCUCGGCGGCCUAUCCUCACCCUCACGUACCAAUUCACCCGGCCCUCAGAACCCAUACACCGAUCCUUCCCUUCAGGAAUCCUACGACGAUACUUCUCUGUCCCGCGCCACUCUCCAACAAACCGCUCAAGUCCGUUCCCAUGUCCGUAAAGACGCCAAUGAGGCAAUCAUUGCGCAGCGUGAACGGGAGAUCGACGAGAUUGCAAAGGGCAUCAUCGACCUUGCCUCGAUAUUCCAAGAGUUACAAACCAUGAUCAUUGAUCAAGGCAGCAUGCUGGAUCGCAUAGACUACAACGUAGAACGCAUGACCACGGACGUCAAAGCUGCGGACAAAGAGCUCACGGUAGCAACGAACUACCAAAAGCGGACAGUCAAGCGGAAAGCGAUGCUUCUGCUUGUCAUCUUAAUUGUCGGGGCCUUCAUUCUUCUCGGAUUGAAGAUGGGCACUCGGAGCGGUAGUACCAGCGCGAGUCCACCGCCCGUUGUUCCGCCUUCGCAACCGGAACCACCAGUCGCACCGGAUCCGCCAUCCGAACCAGACACGCCCGCAGAACGUCUCGGCGUAAUUGACGGCAGGACAGUGCUGAGACGCGGCGUAGGCGCACCCGACGGGAGAAGCAGAGAACGGUUGCGCCGGCGCAAGCGCAAACUACGGCAGACGGUUGAUGAUGUCAUGGCAUUGUUGUGA